AAAGUCAGAUUAACAAUGUCAGUUAAGCUAGUGACUUUUUUGCUGCUCCAGACAGCAGUAGCUGUCCUGGCGGGCGUUCUCUCGAUACCGCAGCCCGUCCAUCGUCAACCAUCGCUAAUCAAUGAGCUAUUCAGACAACCACCGCGCCUCGAUGAUCGUAUUGUUGGUGGUCAACUUAUAAACAUAACAGAUGCUCCAUACCAAGUUUUUUUGGAAUCUCCUGAAUAUUGCGGUGGUUCACUGAUCUCGAAGGAGUGGAUACUAACAGCAGCGCAUUGCACCUGGUAAGUCGUUCCGGGAGCAUAUUUCAAUUUCAGAGAUUAA